CGCACCCGGAGGAUUCGAGGGAAAAGUGCUCCACCGCGCAUGCGUAUCCCUACGUGGCAACGGCAUCAUGGCCUCUUGGAAUCGCCACUGGAGUAGAAUGAGGGAGGCGAAAAUGUUGGUGUUGGUGCUGCUGGCGGGGCUGCUGCUGGAGGCGGCGAAGGUGUCUCCUCUCAUAGAGAAGGUCAGUGACCACAAAGACUUCAAGAAACUGCUCAGGACGAGGACCAACGUUCUGGUGGUCUACACCAACACAGCUUCAUCGGGGGACUCCCAGCUGAAGCUGCUGUCGGACGUGGCCCAGGCAGUGAAGGGCCAGGGGACUAUCGCCUGGGUCAACUGUGGAGACCCAGAGGGCCGUAAGCUCUGUAAGAAAGUGAAGGUGGACCCGGGCUCCAGAGGUGGAGGAGCAGAGCUGCUUCACUACAAAGACGGGACGUUCCACACCGAGUACAACCGGCCGGCCACCUUCAAGUCCAUGGUAGCCUUCUUGAAGGACCCAUCAGGACCCUCGCUGUGGGAGGAGAACCCCGAGGCCAAAGACAUCGUCCACAUAGAGACAGAGAAAGACUUCAGGAAGCUGCUGAAGAGAGAGGAGAGGCCAGUCCUCCUCAUGUUCUACGCUCCCUGGUGCGGCGUUUGUAAGAGGAUGCAGCCCAUCUUCCAGCAAGCAGCCACAGAGACCAGAGGGAGAUACGUGCUGGCGGGGAUGAAUGUGCACCCGGCUGAGUUUGACGGCCUCAAGCAGGAGUUCAACGUCAAAGGCUACCCGACCUUCUGCUACUUUGAAAAGGGGAAGUUCCUGUUCCACUACGAGAACUACGGAGGCACAGCCAAAGACAUCGCUGACUGGAUGAAGAACCCCCAACCCCCCCAGCCAAAGACCCCCGAGGUGCCGUGGUCGGAGACGGACUCCCAGGUGUUCCACCUGACCGACGAGGGGUUCGACAGCUUCCUGGAGGAGCACCCUGCCGCCCUCAUCAUGUUCUACGCCCCGUGGUGCGGCCACUGUAAGAAGAUGAAGCCCGAGUACGACGAAGCCGCCCGGGUCCUCAACCGGGGUUCAGACAGUCCCGGCGUGGUGGCCGCGGUGGACUCCACGGUGCAGAAGGCCGUGAGCGAGCGCUUCAAGAUCUCCGGCUUCCCCACCGUCAAGUACUUUGAGCGAGGCGAGGACAAGUACACGCUGCCCCACCUCCGCAGCAAGGACAAGAUCAUCGAGUUCAUGCACAACCCGGAGGCUCCGCCUCCCCCAGAGCAGUCGUGGGAGGAGCAGCCCUCCAGCGUGAGCCAUCUUGGAAUGGAGGAUUUCCGCGAGGCGCUGAAGAAGAAGAAGCACGCCCUGGUGAUGUUCUACGCUCCCUGGUGUCCCCACUGUAAGAACGCCGUCCCCCACUUCAGCUCAGCAGCAGAGCUCUUCAGAGAGGACCGCAAGAUCGUGUACGCCGCCGUGGACUGCACGAAGGGACAGAACCAGGAGCUGUGCAAGCAGGAGGCCGUGGAGGGCUACCCCACGUUCAACCACUACAACUACGGCAAGUUCGUGGAGAAGUACAACGGAGAUCGCGGGGAGGAGGGCUUCAUCGGCUUCAUGCGCAGCCUGCGAGGCCGCGACCAGGAGAAGGUGGUCAAGAGGAAGGAGGAGCUCUGAGGUGCGCGUUGCACCGUGACCUCUAAACCUGGCAGCCCCCCCCCCCCCUCCCUAAUCAGCACUGACAGUGGGAGUCUUGAUGACCUCAGCUCAAGGCUUUUCUUUUUCUUUUUUAUAUGCCACCGCUGACGUUUGUAAACUUGAGACUUGUGACACUGUGUGAAGAGCUAUGUUUUAUCUAUGCAACACGGAGCCCUGCUGGGGGGUCUCAGUGUGCACUGACACCUGUGGUGGUGGGUAAAGGUGGAGGCACCACGGGGGUCCAUUCCAGUCCAUUAUUCCAGGUGCUUCCGGGCUCUCUGCUUCCCUCUUUCCUUCUGAAGUUUUUUUUUUUUUAACCUGUGGCCUUAAAGAUGUGAAAUAAAAACAAAAGGAAGACGAUGAAACGCCAAAUAUCUCCCACAUGUUAACGUCAUGACCUCGGGGCUCAUUUGCAUACUGCGAGCAACGCCCCCCCCCCCCCCCUCGUACCCAUCGAUUCUAGCCAAAUAUCCCACAAUACACCUCUGCGUCCAGACGGCGUGCAUGGAGCCACCGAAUGACUCUACUGUGGUGCGUUCAGGGCCCCCCCCCGCAUCCCCCCUCCUCUGUUCUUUUAAGCUCCCACCGUGGAUCUCUACACGCUAAUCUGCUUUUAUUACUCAUGAAUAAGGUUCUCAGGGAAAGCGAAACACAAUUUAAAGGGAACUAGUUUGUGAAAUCUCAAUCAUUCUCCGGCCCUUUAAUGUUGUUUACAUUUGUACCCCAAAUAAAAGCUGGUUGUCCCCCUGUCCUUCUGUCUUGUGAGGAAUUGGACGUGCAAGACUCGUCUGCACAUCUUUCCUCUGAGACUUAAUCAUAAGAACAAGAAGAAAUAAUAAAAGUCAACAUUUCCAACAUU